UAUUAUAUUAUUAAUGAAGAGUUUUAUUCACCAAAAGAUAAACUAUGUUAUACUUUAGCAUGUUCUAAUGCGGUUAAAUAUAAAACUCCAAAUAACUAUUUGGUUCAAACUAGUUGGGGAAGAGGUAUAUCAAAACAUAUGAUAGAAUGUAAAAUUGAAUAUAAGUCAAAUAGACCAAUUUUUAGAAUUAGAUUUCAAGAAGAUUCACAAGAAUAUAUUAUAGAAUCUAAGAAAUCUCCAAGUGCCAUAGCUAAUAACUAUUUAUGG